AUGGAUUCCAUGGAUACAUUGUCUUCUGCAUUAGACUCUGCUCCAUCGGCCAUCCUUGGCCCUGAGGCUAACUUGGGGCCUAAUACUAAUGAUUACGGCACCAACAGGAUUCUUCACCAUACUAUUGGACUUCCUGAUUUUAGUCAGGAAUUGAGCUGUUUUCAGACUGUGACUUGUUAUCAGGCUGUAGUGACACAUCUUGAUGCGCAUGAACAAAUUGACAGGGCAAUCUCUACUGCUCUGAAAGAGAGCAAGCCGGUUUACAUUAGCAUCAGUUGCAAUUUGCCUGGGAUUCCUCAUCCAACCUUUGCCAGAGAACCAAUUCCGUUUUCCAUCUCACCAAGAUCGAGCAAUAAAGCCGGACUUAAGCCUGCGGCAGAAGCCGCAGCAGCCUUCCUCGGCAAGGCUGUGAAGCCCGUCAUCAUUGGAGGCUCCAAACUCAGAGUUUCAGAGGCGCAAGAUGCUUUUGUUGAAUUAACUGAUGCUCGUGGGUAUGCUCAGUCGGCGCCUGAAAAGCACGUUAUUGCUUGCAUUGGUGAUGGUAGCUUCCAGGUGACUGCUCAAGAUGUGACAGCAAUGAUUAGGAACAACCAGAAGAGCAUUAUUUUCUUGAUCAACAAUGGAGGAUACACCAUAGAGGUUGAAAUCGAUGAUGGCCCAUAUAAUGUGAUCAAGAACUGGAACUACACUGCUGUGGUGGAUGCAUUCUGGAACGGCGCAGGCAAUUGCUGGACUACAAAGGUACGCACUGAAGAGGAGCUAAUUGAGGCUAUUGAAAUUGCAAGUGGCGAGAAGAAAGAUUCCCUCUGCUUCAUUGAAGUGUUCACUCACAAAGAUGAUACAAGCAAAGAGUUGCUGGAGUGGGGAUCCAGAGUUGCUGCUGCUGACUGCCGCCCACCAAAUCCUCACUGAAAAGCAUUUCAGUAGAAUAGAGUUCAAGAG